AUGGCCCUGACGGCGGCGGGGAAGGCGGCGGGGGAUUGCCUGGUGUGCGGGGACAAGGCGAGCGGGAAGCACUACGGGCAAUUCACCUGCGAAGGCUGCAAAAGCUUCUUCAAACGCUCGGUGCGCCGCAACCUCUCCUACAGCUGCCGGGGCGGCCGGGACUGCCCGGUGGACCAGCACCACCGCAACCAGUGCCAGUACUGCCGGCUCCGCAAGUGCCUCCGCGUCGGGAUGCGGCGGGAAGCCGUGCAGCGAGGCCGCAUGGCGCACGCCCCGAGCAGCCCCGGCCAAUACCCCGGCGGCCACGGCUACUUAAGCGGCUUCAUCUCAUUGCUGCUCCGCGCCGAGCCGUACCCGCCGGCUCGCUACGGCGCCCAGUGCCUGCAACCCAGCGGCGUGGUGGGCAUCGAGAGCAUCUGCGAGCUGGCCGCUCGCCUCCUCUUCAGCGCCAUCGAAUGGGCCAAGGGCAUCCCCUUCUUCCCGGACUUGCAGCUUUCGGAUCAAGUGGCUUUGCUCCGCUUAGGGUGGAGCGAGCUUUUCGUGCUGAACGCGGCGCAGUCGGCGUUGCCGUUGCACGCCGCGCCCUUGCUGGCCGCCGCCGGCCUCCACGCCGCUCCCAUGGCCGCCGACCGCGUGGUCGCCUUCAUGGACCACAUCCGCCUCUUCCAGGAGCGGGGGGAGGCGCGCGGGGGGCUGUCGGACCCGGGGCAGGUGGCCGGCCUGCAGGAGAAGUCGCAGUGCGCGCUGGAGGAGCACGUGCGGCGGCAGCACCCCAGCCAGCCCAGCCGCUUCGGGCGCCUGCUCCUGCGCCUGCCCGCCCUCCGCAGCGUCUCCGCCCCCGGCAUCCAGCAGCUCUUCUUCAGCCGCCUGGUCGGCAAGACCCCCAUCGAGACCCUCAUCCGCGACAUGCUGCUGGCCGGCGCCACCCUCAACUGGCCCUACGGCCCCAUGCAGUGA